GGCUUCCGGGCAGGGGCUGCGUGAGGGGCUAGCUGGAUUGUGCUGGGUGAUGACUGUGGUGCCAGGCGUUAGUUCUCUGGCCACUGUGUGUCGCACCUGUGGCCCUGUCCUAUCUCUUCAGCACGUCAUAAGGCCAGUCCUGUCCUUGUUGCCUUUUUGUUUUUUUCCAGCUAUGCCGUGCGGCAUGCGGAAUCUUAGUUCCCCGACCAGGGAUCGAACCCGUGCCCCCUGCAGUAGAAGCGUAGACUGCCAGGGAAGUCCCCUUGUUGUCUUUUUUUUUUUUUUUUUUAAUUUGGUUGGGCUGGGUCUUAGUUGUGGCAGGUGGGCUCCUUAGUUGUGGUUUGUGGGCUCCUUAGUUGUGGCUCGCCGGCUCCUUAGUUGAAGCACAUGGGCUCCUUAGUUGCAGCUCACGGUCUCCUUUGCUGUGGCAUGCUAACUCUUAGUUGCAGCAUGCGUGUGGGAUCUAGUUCCCUGACCCAGGCUCCCUGCGUUGGGAGCGCAGAGUCUUAUCCACUGCGCUAUCGGGGAAGUACCUCCCCACCCCCUGCUGUCUUUUGUGCCUGAGAAAAUUGAGGCCCAGAGAAGGAUGUGACCAGCCUCAGAGCACACUGCUGGUGACCUGUGGGAUCUGGCCAGCAUCUGUCCUGGGAGGACCUGGGAGGCCCUGGGUCGUGGAGCCCCCUCCGUAGCCUUCCCUGUCUCUAGGGUCUUCCUGGCAGGUGGUGGGAAGGCAGCCCAUCCUGGGCACUGCAGGAACUGCUCCUUGGAACUGUCCAAGCUCUCAGGGGCUUGGCCCUGGCACGUAGCGUGGGGCACUCCGACUGCCCUGGCUUCUGCUGUCCGUCAGAGGCUUGGCGUAUGGCCAACGCUGUGCUGAGCCCUCUGGGGCCCAGCUUCUGGAUGGGCAAAUUGGGGCAGGUACAGUCCAGCUCGACCACCGCAGAGGCCCUGGGCCAGGCCUGCGUGCAGAGUUGGGUCUUGCUCUGGAGGCCGAGGGGGAGCCUGGCUGGUGGGGAGGGCUCCGGAGCAUGGUGACUAGCCUGCUGUGGACAGACUGCCUGGGCUGGGUAGGUGCUGGGGCCAAGGCUGGCCACCUGGUGUCCACCCAGAGAACAUACCUUGGGUAGCCGGUAAGGGACUAGCCACGUGUGGACGUUGGCUUGUCCCUUGGCAGGCCGGCAGCACUUGGAGUGUCUUGCUGGUUAGCCGCAUUCCGAUUCAGAGCUGAGCUGUUAGGGCUGGAGGGGCAGCGCCCCCGCCUCCCCAGAGCCCAACAGAGGGCAGGUGCCCUAGUACCUGAGCCUGUUUUGGUCUGGAGGCUCCGGGAGGGUGGGGUGGGGACUGGCCCUGGAGCCUGGGAACUCCUGCGGCCCCCAGGUUCUGAGGAAAGGCCUGCCAGAGGGGUGCGCAGGUCACCCCCUCUGCUCCAGAGCAGUGGGUUUUCAGGGCAGCGCUGGGAGUGAGCCGUCACACAGUUGGCAGCCGCGGAUCCCUCAGGAAGUCCCAGGACUCCAUCCCGAGUCUCUCGCCUGCAGGCCUACGCCCUGGCUGGGCCACCGGAGACAGAGGAGAAGCCAGCUGAGCUGGGCCCAGCAGUGGCUGUUGUUCUCUGCUGAGGCCGCGGGCCUUGCCUUGGGGCGUCUAGAACUAGAGCUGGCCACACAGAGUAGUGUGGGGUCCCCAGGCCUUCCUGGCUUCCUCACUGGGGUGCUAGGCAGCAGCUGGGACUUCAGCAAGCCCGGUGCUGCCUGGUCUGGCCUCACUUCCGGGGGCCCUGCAGCUUCCUCCUCCCGUGACUGAUUGGUCAGGUUGCCAUGUACUGCUUCCUCUCUGCCUUCUAGAAGCCACAGCGAUCCUCUCCCUGGGGCUGUGGCACGGUGAAGCCAGGCCCUCUUGGGCUCCGGCCCUUGGCGGGGCUUUGAGGACACGUGUGACCUGGGCUCUUGGUCUGGGCUUCCCACAGGGUGGCAGCAGGCUAUGGUGCCGUGUCCCCCCACCCUCUCCUCCACUCAUCGCGUCUCUGGCUUCUCCACUGACCCUGGGCAGUGGACGGGGCAGACUGCUUUUCCGCCCUGGCCGCUCUCGGGACCAGCCUUGCUCCACAACCCCCAGCCAGGCUGUGUGUCCAGAGCAGGCGCUGGCCGGCCCUUGCCGGCCCCCUCCUCGUCUCGCACAUCUUAACUUUUGACCUGACUUAGAAAUUGAGACUUGAGUGCAGCUGAUCUAGGGUGUUUGUGUGGACCUGGAUCCUGUGACUGAGGCCUUUGUCCCCGGCCCCACCGUCGGUCCUCAGCGCGUAGGUCCCAUCACUCACUGGACCCCAAGCACGACCCGCAGGCGCUAAGAGCUCACUCAGCCUCUUGCAGCCCUCAGCUCAGGGUGCACGGACCCGUGGUGUUUACCGAGGACCCCAUCGUGUGCAGGCGUGGCUUGGCAGUGGCCCUUGCACUAACGGUCACUUGAUGUGCGCUGGCUGUUUUAUCCACCUACUAGCAGAUGCCCGUCUGAAGGAGGAGCAAGCCACGUGCCCCAACUGCCGCUGCGAGAUCAGCAAGAGCCUCUGCUGCCGCAACCUGGCCGUGGAGAAGGCCGUGAGCGAGCUGCCCUCCGAGUGCGGCUUCUGCCUGUGCCAGUUCCCCCGCUCCCUCCUGGAGAGGCACCAGAAGGAGGAGUGCCAGGACAGGGUGACGCAGUGCAAGUACAAGCGUAUCGGCUGCCCAUGGCACGGCCCUUUCCACGAGCUGACAGUGCACGAGGCCGCGUGUGCCCACCCAACCAAGACGGGCAAUGAGCUGAUGGAGAUCCUGGACGAGAUGGACCAGAGCCACCGCAAGGAGAUGCAGCUCUACAACAGCAUCUUCAGCCUGCUCAGCUUCGAGAAGAUCGGCUACACAGAGGUCCAGUUCCGGCCGUACCGCACGGACGACUUCAUCACGCGCCUGUACUAUGAGACGCCGCGGUUCACGGUGCUGAACCAGACGUGGGUCCUGAAGGCGCGCGUGAACGACUCGGAGCGCAACCCCAACCUGUCGUGCAAGCGCACGCUGUCCUUCCAGCUGCUCCUCAAAAGCAAGGUCACGGCGCCCCUCGAGUGCUCCUUCCUGCUGCUCAAGGGCCCGUACGACGACGUGAAGAUCAGCCCCGUCAUCUACCACUUCGUCUUCACCAACGAGAGCAACGAGACGGACUACGUGCCGCUGCCCAUCGUCGACUCCGUGGAGUGCAACAAGCUGCUGGCCGCCAAGAACAUCAACCUGCGGCUCUUCCUGUUCCAGAUACAGAAGUAGGCAGCCCCGUGGCGCUGCCCACACCUGCCCGGCAGCGGCUUCACGGCGCCAGCGCCCGUCUCAGCCAAGAAGGAGAAGGAACAGAAGCGAACACUGGGACGUCUGCAUGCGUGUGCGAAGGUGGGAGCGCCCCCCUCGCCCUCUGCCCCACCUCCCCUGUCCCGAGCGCCGGAGGCCGGGCCACCGCAGAGGAGACGCUGCUCGGGGACCCAAGGGGCACGGCGCAGCACGGCAGCCUGGCCCCGGCCCCUACGGCGCAGCGGGCCACACGCCUGCUCUGGGCCGCACACGGGGCUGCGCACGGCCCCUGGGCCGGGCUCGGGGGCGCUGACCUCAGACGGCAUAUUUGAUUGCAAUUAAAAAGGCACCCUUGUUUCCUACUUUCUGUUUUGUUCGAGGGGAAGGCGUGGCUAUAAUUGGACAGAAUGGGGUCUUCGGUUUGGCCAAGGGUCAGAGCCCGCCCACCCCCGUGACUGCACCUUCACGUGCCCCGCCCCAGGAGAGACUUGGAGUAGCUGCCCCCUCUGUCACAGGCCUGGGCAGGGCAACGGGCGGGGUUGGGGCUCUCACUAGCCCAGCACAUCCCACCCCCAGCCGCUCCAGGGAGGCAGGACUUGGCCACCAGGGCUCAGCAGACUUUUCGGAAUGCAGGGUGAUUUUCUGUCUCUUCCCAGGGAAAAAAUUAAACCCUUUACAGGCUCUUCUACAAGUUAUGCACAUUUAGCAAGAGAGAAUCUAUCUUCUGUAUUCAGCUUUAAGGACUCAGUGUCCCCAGGCUGUGAGAAGAGUUCUGGGGUCCACCGGCGGUGAUUAGUCCUGGCUGUGUGAGGGUCUGAGGGGUCCAGCUGCCCCCAUGCUGCUCUCAGGGACCAGCUGCUGGCCCUGCAUCCAGGGCUCUGCGUGGAAGUCAGCGCUGGGCAGUGUGGUUUCUCACCCGAGGGAGGUGGGGCCCCCCGAGGUCCUGCAGUCCUGCCCCAGAGCUGCGGUGAGCAGGCCCGAAUGCAGGCCUCACAGCGAGAAGGAGCCCUGCCUGGGGAUCCCGGGACCCUGGGACCUACUGGGAAAGGGAGAGCUCGGGCCCCUGCUUAGGAGACAAGGCUCUUCUGCAAUAGUUUCUCGUUGCUUCAAUACCAAAGAACGGUUUGCUUCGCCCCCAGCCAGGCCCCCCCCCCCCCGCUCGGAGCAGACCCUGCCGGCCUGGCCCCCUAUUGCCCAGGCCCUGCAGGCUCAGUGGGCAGGGCCGCCCUGGCCUGUCUCUGGGGGCUCCUUUCUCUCCUGGCCCUCGAGGUGGGGAGCUGAGAAGGGGAGUGAAGGAGCUAUGGGGUACAGCUCGAGCCUCAGCCAGUUGCUAGUGGACGAAGCAGCCCUCCCAGGCUGGCGGGUCCCCUGUUCCCCACCCAGGGCAUGGGGCUGGCGGGGGUCCCAUCCUACAAGGCCGACUCAGCCUGGCUUGCCCUCCACAAAGAAAGACCCCACCCCAGCCCCAGCCCAUCCUUGUGGGCCUCUGACCCAGGCACACCCUGGUGUUGUCCCACUGCCCUCAGGGGCUGCCCCUGCCUGCCUGUGGGCGCAGAGGAUGACAUUCACGUCAACACGGGCCAGGUCUCCUGUGUAUGGAUGGUGCCCUGUCACCCUAUUGGGUCUCUUGGGGAUGGACACUCUCUCUGUCAAUUCCAAUGUGAUCAUAUUGUGAGGGGGGCUGGGACAGGGGUGGGUUUGCCUGGUCCGUGUGUGUCUGGGUGCCUGUGUGAGACUGAAGAAGCAGAGGGGCGGGCCCCCCGGCAGCUCUUCUGGGUGGGGCAGGUGAAGGUGUGUGGCUGCCACAGAGGGCCAGGCAGGAG